AUGGAUUAUACAGCCGUCAAUCUAUUUUUGACCGUAAAAGUUAGAGAUGAAGAUUAUGUACCUGCUCUCAUUGUUGAUGUCUACCAUACCCUCUACCAAAGACAUGUAAAGAGGGGAGGUAUGCUGAUGUGUUAUGCUCAUUUACUCUACAAAUGGCUUAUUUCUCACCCGUCUAAGGAUAUAACCGAUGUUAAAGGAAUGAAAGGACACAAGUGGGCCCAAUAUUUGGUCUCACUCACUCAAAAGGACAUUAUGUGGUUCCCUCAAAUUUUCGACCCCAAGGAUAUAAUCUUGAGUUGUGGAAGAUUUCCUAAUGUGCCUCUUAUAGGGUCAAGAGAAUGCAUAACCUACAACCCUAUAUUAGAUGCAAGACAAUUGGGGUAUCCUUUAGCUUAUAAACCCGAAGAUAAAUUGUUGGAAGGUUUCAUCCUACAAGAAACAAAUAGGAACCAUCCUAUUAUCCAGAGGAUUAUUCAUGCUUGGGGACAACUCAAUAAAGGAAUCCUAAAGAGACCCAGAGAAGAACCCACCGUACCUUAUGCUCAGUGGAUGAAAGAAAGGGUACGCAUAACAAAGUUACCAUUUAUUCAAGAGGGUCCAGUUGCACCAAAGGUUCCUAUUCCAAUUAUAAUCUCUAUGGAGGAACGAAACAACCUCAAUGCCACCAUUUUUCAACUAAAGAAAGAGAAGGAAGAGGUGGCAGAUCUCAAGAGACAAAUGCAUCUCUUAGAAGCAGCAUAUGAUGAAAUGAGAAAUUGGUGUGUCAUACGGUGA